AUGAUGGGAAACCAAGAGGUGAAGCUGCUUAACUUUUUAUUGAGUCCAGUUGGUCGAAGAGUUGAAUGGGCUCUAAAACUGAAAGGUGUUGAUUAUGAGUAUAUAGAAGAAGAUAUCUUCAACAAAAGCAAUCUCCUUUUGGAAUUGAACCCGGUUCAUAAGAAAGUACCGGUUCUUAUUCAUGGCAAGAAAUCCAUAGCAGAGUCAUUGAUUAUUCUUGAAUACAUUGAUGAAACAUGGAAGCAAUAUCCAUUGAUGCCUCUCCAUCCUUAUGAAAGAUCUCGUGCUCGAUUUUGGGCUAAGUUAUCUGAUGAGAAGCUUGCGUUGGGUUCAUGGAGAGCAAUGGUUAGGAAUGGAGAAGAAGGGGAAAAGCUUCUAUUGGAAGCAAAAGAAGUAAUGGAAAAGUUAGAAGAGGAGUUAAAUGGAAAGAAAUUCUUUGGAGGGAACAAUAUUGGGUACCUUGAUCUUGCUCUUGGAUGGAUCACUUGUUGGCUUCCAGUUUGGGAGGAAAUUGGGUCAAUGCAGGUACUUGACCCAUUAAAAUGUCCAUCCAUGUCUUCAUGGAAGAUCAAUUUUCUGAAUCAUCCUACCAUUAAAGACAACUUGCCACCAAAGGAUAAAAUGAUUGCCUAUUGUCACCGUCGCAUAGAUGAGUUUUCUUCAACUCACCAUGGUUAA